AUGAAUCCUGAAUACGAUUUCUUGUUCAAGCUGCUACUUAUUGGUGAUUCCGGUGUUGGUAAAUCAUGCUUACUAUUACGAUUUGCGGACGAUACCUAUACGGAGAGCUACAUUAGUACUAUUGGUGUGGAUUUUAAAAUUCGUACCAUUGAAUUAGAUGGUAAAACUAUCAAGCUUCAAAUUUGGGAUACCGCCGGACAAGAGCGUUUCCGUACCAUUACAUCAAGUUACUACCGUGGAGCUCAUGGUAUAAUUGUCGUUUACGAUGUAACAGAUCAGGUAUCUUUUAAUAAUGUAAAACAAUGGUUACAAGAAAUCGAUCGAUACGCUUGUGAGAAUGUAAACAAAUUGUUAGUUGGUAACAAGUGCGAUUUGACGUCUAAGAAAGUUAUAGACUAUGUAACAGCCAAGGAGUAUGCUGAUGCAUUGGAUAUUCCAUUUUUGGAAACUAGCGCCAAAAACGCUACUAAUGUAGAGCAAGCAUUUUUAACCAUGGCAGCCGAGAUCAAAAAGAGAAUGGGACCUUCUUCAGCAGCCUCUGCUCCCACCGGCAACGUGAAAAUCCAGUCGAAACCUGUAGCUGAUAAUAAGAGCGGAGGAUGCUGUUAA